UUCGCAGUGGAACAUCAUUUAGCAACUAAGGCGGUGGAUCGAUCAGCGAUCGGCGAGCAGAGAAACGCAUCGAUAAUCGGGCAUAAGAAUAAACGAGAAAUUCCAUAAUUAAGUAAAGUGAAGUAAAGUGAAAAUGAGCCCCAAAGUAUCCUUCCUGUGGCUGCUCCUGCUGCAGCUGCUGAAUGCGGCCUUUGGAGACGUCUCCCAUCUGGAGUACACGAUCAGCCCCAGCUCCCAGGUGGCAUACUAUCACUAUCCCGCCCCGCGGCAGCCACAACGAUUGCCACAGCAGCAACAGCAGCAACAGCAGCAGCAGAGAUAUCAGCAGCAGCCGCAACAGUACCAACAAUUGGCCAGACAGUUUGCUGCGCCCCACCUGGAGCACGCUGCCUUCACGCAGGCUCUCACCAGUCAGGGAUAUGUCUUUGGAGCACCCUCCGCACCACUGCCAGCGGUCCAGGCGGCACCACAACAGUCGCAACCGCCAAAGCCCGCUGCACUUGCAGCUGCCGCAGGCCGCUCCAUUGGUGGGGGAGUCGCCUCCGUGGAUGCCAACUCGCUGAACCUCAAGCUGCCGGUGCCCUUCGGCCUGGCACCGCUGAACGUGGCACAGCUGCCCCUCCAGGCGGGGGCACCCUAUGCCAGCGUGCCACACACCACGGGCCUCACCUCCUACGGCACGCCCCAGAUCCAAAGGCGUUAGAAAUACCCAUCGAAUUAGUAGAAUAAAUUACGAAUAAAUAUAAUAAUAAAGAGACAUAGUGGACAGUGUGUCAUCCCGACUGAUCUGCAAACUGCGAUGGCGACUGCUCCUCCUCAUAGCGAAUACACCCUGAAACACACACCGCAUUAAAGUAAAAUAAAAAUAAAAUAAAGUAAAGUAAAGU